AUGCCCUCACCACUGAUAUUCUCCCUCAUUGCACUCAUUUUAGUCAUCAACAUCCCUCCCUUUAUUUCUUCUCCUAAAACACCAGUCAAGGGUUUCGAGGCACGUCUCAUUCACCGUGACUCUCCUGAAUCUCCGCGCCACAACCCCAAGGCAACGCAUGCUGAUCUUAUCAAAUCAGCUCGUCAGAGAACCUUGGCCAGACAAAACUACUUCAAAAGGCUAAUGUCAAGUAAACCAUGGCAGAAAUUAAUAAGUGCCCCCAUUGAUUUGGAACUAGGAGACUACAUCAUGAGGUUCCAAAUUGGCACCCCAAAAGUGGAUACCUAUGCAUUCUUCGACAAUGCCAGCCAUACGCAAUGCCCCGAUCCUAAUGGUAUAUGCAAGUACACGAUUGCGUAUGGAGAUGGAAGAUCUUCUGAAGGAGUCCUUGCUACAGAAACAAUCACGCUCGAACAUGAUGGAUCAAGUGGAAGCGCUAGCUUACCAAAUAUGAUUUUCGGGUGCCGUCACUCUAAUGUAGACCCGAGAUCAGGUUACAAUCCACCCGGAAUUGUGGGACUAAGCAGAGAACCUUCUUCCCUGGUAGGCCAAAUUUCGUAUCCUCAUGUUUCGUAUUGCACAUCAGCUAAUAAUGAAGGCAACCAUAGCUCUGUUAAGUUCGGCUCUGUAGCAGUCAUCACUGAGAAUACUACUCAAACCCCAUUGUUAACUGGUCCAAUUGAUUUUUACUCUGUAAGCCUAGAAGGCAUUAGUGUUGAUGGUACAAUGUUGGACAUUCCGAAAUCAGUGUUCAAUAUGACGCCAGAAGGAGAAGGAGGGGUCUUCAUGGAUACAGGAACAGAUCAUACUCAGCUGGUACUGCCAGCAUUUUAUGCAGUCACCAAUAAAAUAGAGGAUAUCUUGUCGGAUUUCAAAUCCUUACCAGAUGUGGAUGGCAGGUUUCCAGUGUGUUACAACGAUACGAAUUUUAGAUUGGAUUCGACAGAAAUAGUAUUCCAAUUUACAGGACUGGAGUUUCCGUUGAGUGCCAAUAACACUUGGGAUCAGAACUCUCUGGGAUACCAUUGUUUGGCUAUAUUGCCAGCAUUUAGGGGUCAUUCUGUUCUUGGAAUGUACCAGCAAAGGAACGUAAAUGUUGGAUAUGACUUCAAUAACAACAUUGUAUCUUUGAAGUAUAGCGACAAUAACAGCGCCUAA